UCACUGAUUUAAAUAUUAUCUCCUCCCCACCCAUCUCUUUCUAUAACCCCAAGCACCAAACCCUUUUAAGUGGUGAAGUACCAUUUCUCUCUAGUUGCCUAAAACCAAACUCAGAGAAAAAACAGGAGAGAGAGAGAGAGAGAGAGAGAAAGAUGACAGGGCAGUUUCAGAAGAGUAGCAUGUACAUGGAACACAACCCAGCAAUUGUUGAAAACGGAGAUUUUCGCAAGAAUCUGGACGACGACGGUCGUCCCAAAAGAACUGGGACAUGGGUGACUGCCAGUGCACAUAUCAUAACGGCUGUGAUUGGAUCAGGGGUGCUAUCUCUGGCAUGGGCCAUAGCUCAGCUAGGUUGGGUUGCAGGGCCAGCUGUUCUCAUGGCCUUCUCUUUCAUCACCUACUUCACCUCCACCCUCCUUGCCGACUGUUACAGGUCCCCGGACCCUGUCCACGGCAAGAGAAACUACACCUACAUGGAUGUUGUACGAGCCAAUCUAGGAGGCAGAAAAGUGCAGCUUUGUGGGUUGGCUCAGUAUGGAAAUCUCAUUGGUGUUACUAUCGGUUACACAAUUACUGCCUCCAUCAGUAUGGUGGCGGUGAAGCGGUCGAAUUGUUUUCAUAAACAUGGACAUCAUGUGAAGUGUCGCACAUCAAAUAACCCAUUUAUGAUCAUCUUUGCUUGCAUCCAAAUCUUGCUCAGCCAAAUCCCAAACUUCCAUAAGCUCUCAUGGCUCUCAAUCCUCGCAGCCGUCAUGUCCUUUGCCUAUUCUUCCAUAGGCCUAGGCCUCUCCGUGGCCAAAGUUAUAGCUGGACCACAUGCAAGGACAACCUUAACUGGAGCUACAGUUGGGAUAGAUGUGUCAGCCUCGGAGAAAGUUUGGAAGACAUUCCAAGCCAUUGGAGACAUUGCCUUUGCUUAUGCUUAUUCUACCGUGCUUGUGGAAAUACAGGACACAUUGAAAUCACCCCCGGCAGAGAACAAAGCCAUGAAGAGGGCAACUAGUAUCGGCAUUGCAACCACCACAGUGUUCUAUGUUCUUUGUGGGUGUGUUGGCUAUGCAGCAUUUGGGAACGAUGCACCUGGAAAUUUCCUCACCGGUUUCGGAUUCUAUGAACCCUUUUGGUUAGUUGAUCUUGCCAACAUCUGCAUCGCCAUUCACCUAAUCGGCGCCUACCAGGUCUUCUGCCAGCCCAUAUUCGGGUUUGUCGAAAGCCAGUGCGCCAAACGCUGGCCCGAAAGCAAGUUCAUAAACAGCGAGCACGCCGUGAACCUUCCGUUUCAUGGGGCAUACUGUUUCAACUCCUUCAGAUUGGUGUGGAGGACUGCAUAUGUGGUGAUGACAGCAAUCUUAGCCAUGUUGUUCCCCUUCUUUAACGACUUCUUGGGUUUGCUUGGAGCAGCCUCCUUCUGGCCAUUGACAGUCUACUUCCCAAUAGAGAUGUACAUUGCAAGGACUAAAAUGCCCAGGUUCUCCUUCACAUGGACUUGGAUGAAGAUUUUGAGCUGGGUUUGCUUGGUAAUAUCACUUGUUUCAGCUGCUGCAGCAAUUCAAGGUCUCGCAACAGAUGUCAAGAAGUACAAGCCCUUCCAAACUGAGCAAUAGUAGUGCUUUACUAUAUAUAGCUUUUAAUAUAGGGUUUGAGUAGUGUGUGAUUAGUUAACUUAUUUCCCAAAAACCCUAGUCUUCUUAAGUUUGUAUUGUUAAAUUCCUCCUAAAGUUUGAAGCUAUCAAACUGGGUCAAUGUUACAAUGUAAUUUCUCAACAAACGAAAAAGGAAAUGAAUAUAAGAAGAAAAUAAAAAUCCAAAA